AGUCCUAUACACAUCCUCAGUAAAAGUCAUAACACCGUGUACUGCAUAGUAAUCUUCAUAGAUUGUGGAUUUUUUUUUUCUGCCUUUAAUCUCGUCACAGUUGUUAGUUGUCGCUAGAAUUUUACAAUAAUUUGUUCCCUAGUCAUUCACUUGUAGCCAUAAAAACACCUGAUGAUGAAAUAGAAUUUGGAUUUUAAACUUUAUUUCAAUAUGUUUUAUGUGCUCCAGGAGUUCAAAGAUCGAUUCGUCAACGGUAUUCAAACUUGAGAGCCAAGUCUCGUACACUGAACACACUAUCACUCGGCCACCACGACGUCAUUGCUUUCAACUAAGUUGUAAUGUAAGGGGUCAUAUCAUUAAUAUCCCUAGCAGACGAUAUCUCAUGGCAGACGACGGCGAGAGCUGUGAUGACGUAGAGGUGCUGGUGUCCAUUUUGGAGGAGCUGCUCGACGAGAACGAGGCGGAUGACGUCACCGAUGACGACGCAGACGAGAGCAGUGACGAGAGUAGCGAUGAUGAAAAAAAUGACUCGACCGUGGUCACCCUGGAGCAAUGCCUAGGUCACGACGAGCGUGACGUCAUAUUGAAGGCUAUAAAAUCAGACGAUGACAGGAUAAGUUUAGUGGGAUACACUUACUUUACCGCCAUGAUGGUCUUUCAGGAGUUCUUACAGGUCAAGGUCAAAGAUUGCGUCAUCGACGGCAGACAGAACUCUCGACGUUACCUCACCAUCAUCACCGGAAGGAGACAAGACCAAGGAGCAAGCGUCCAUAGCAACGUCCUAUAUUUUCUAAGAAGCAAUGGCUACAGCUUUGUAUACUAGAGGCCUUGAAUAUAGGCAUCUCACAGACCUGGUAUAGCAUUUUAAGUAUUAAAUAACAUUUGUAAUAAAACGUGCAGAUAAUUUA